AUGCCGUUGGCCGGCGCGUGUCUGCUCGUCGCAGUCCUCACCAUGUUCCUGCCUGCUACAAUUCUCACCCUGAAGCAUGAAGCAAAUAAUGCCAUGCCAUCACGGCGGGAACGUCGUGCCAUGGUGUUUCCAUCUGGAACCGUCUUGCAGUUUAAUAUGGGACUGUCAGUACCGGUGAGUGUCCCAAAUAGGACGCUUACAAUGUCACUGUACUAUCAAGCCGUCUUCAAUUUACCAACUGAAGCAUCCCAGUGGAGCCAGGCCCCCGACAUAUUGGGGAAACGAGAAAUCUCCAACACGCCCCUACUCGAUAUGUACCUCCCUCUUGAGGAAUUCCUAGAGGAGUAUGGCUUCGAUGGCCGAGCAUGUCUCCUGCGGAGCAUCUGUGAAGCUGCGCAUGCGCCAUUCCAACAUGAAAACAUGGAUCUCCUCGAGGAAAUGGCUCAUGCAGUUUUAACGCCCUCUGAAGGAGUUCAGCUUGGAGAAGCACACUGCAGUGAUAGCAGUUAUGGGCUGGAAUAUCUGCCUCUUGAGAGGCAGUACGUGGCUGCAGAGUGCUUGGGAAAAUCCGACGGAAAUUGUGGAACCGCCUAUUCCAAUUGCCCGAAGUCUCCUCUGGAUAUGAUCUCCCAGACGUUAAAUUUGCAACUACUUACAGAGUGA